AUGAUGGAAAGUCACGACGAUUUUGAAAGUCAAAGCCAGUUACAGAGAGCACUUGCCGACAAAAUCACAAACUAUGCGCCGAUCGAGGAAAUCCGCUACAUCCUAUUGCGUGGAGCACAGGUUGAUGGACAAGUCACCGCUGGGUUGACACCACUUCAUUACGCCUGUUACAUUAACUACCAAGCCGCUGCAAAACUUCUUCUGAAUCUCGGUGCCAAGGUGCAAGCUGUCGACAAUAUUGGUUGCUCUGCGCUUCAUCUUUGUGCUGAACACGGACAUUACAGAAUGAUCAAGUUGCUUCUACAGUAUAUGAAAGUCGUUGAACAGUACGAGACUCCAGAGUUCCGUGCUGGAGACAAGUAUCCACAACGCGAAAAUGUUGACGAGCCACUUCGACUUGCUAUCAAGAAUGGUCACUAUGACUGUGCCCGUCUCCUCCUCACUAACGGAGCUAACGCAAAUGCCAUUUAUUUUGACGGGCCAGAAAUCACACAAGUCAGUCCUUUGGACACAAACUUUUUGGAAUUACUUCUCGAGUUUGGAGCUGAUCCAAAUGUUUUCGAUCGAAAAGGGCUCACACCGAUUAUGAAAGCUUGCCGAUUGAGAGAUAAAGGUAUUGAAGCCAUCCGAAUUCUCUUGAAGUAUGGAGCGGAUAUCAACAAACUUUGCCCAGAACGCCAAGAUUUUAGAAGCGCGUUGCAUUUUGCACUUCUUUCUGGAAAUCAUGACCUUGUAAAGUUUAUGAUUGCAAAUGGAAGUAAUGUUAAUAUGGAUGAGAAAUAUGAGAAACCAUCUCCAAUUGAUAUUGCCGUUCUGAAGGAUGAUCCACAUCUUUUGAAAAUUGUUCUCGACGCUGGAGCAAAUCCAAAUGCCGUUCACACCUACAUUGGAUCAUGCCUUCAUUUGGCAUCCUGUUCAAGUCUUCUCAACCAAUACCAAAUCGUGGAGCUUCUGUUGGAGCACGGAGCUGAUAUGAAUCUUCAACACCAAUUCCCAGAUGGGUCCCGCUUGAAAAGCCCAUUUGUUGAGUACUUCCGCUCGAACGACAGCAUCGACGCAAAAGUAGUGAAGCUCUUUAUUACUCAUGGAGCUAAGGUUGUUAUGAGAAAUCCACUUCACGACUGCCGUGGACAACUACGGAAUGUGCUCAAGUUGGCUGCUCUUCAAAAUCAGCCAGAGGUUCUGGAACUUCUUUUGGGGCUUGGUGAGCAGUAUGACAACAAGGCAAUCGAGAGACUCCCGCUGCCAACACAAUUGAAGACGGAUAUCAGUGAAAGAGCAAAAAAUCCACACAGUCUCCAACACCUUUGCCGUAUUCAAAUUAGAGACACAGUACAAACCUCCGAGUACAAAACCCUCCCAAUCCCAGAGUAUUUGAAAGCCUACCUAUUGGGUCUUAUCCCAUAGCCCAGAUCCCAAAAAACAAAGCAUUUAAAGCAUAAUCUGAUUUAUGCAUCUUGUAUAUGUAUAUAACACGCCUUGUACAUUUGUGUAGCAUAAUCAAUGUUAUCUGUUUUUCUUUGAAUCCAUCACCCAUCGUUGAAGUGUACAAAACCAGCACAUUGUUACCUCAUUUCAUUUUGAAUUCCAUCUUGCGAAACCAAUUUCUGUUCAUUUCACUGUUAGCUACAAAUUGCCCCACUUUCUGUCACAUCACUUUAGAACAAACGGAUAACGACAUCUCACACUGAUUUCACAAUUUCAUUUCUUUCUCGGUAAUAUUUAUUAUUCUAAUUGUUAUUAUAAUUAUUAUGAAAUUAUAAUUAUUAUGUUUAUUUUGCAAUUGUUUGUAGUCAAUUUUAUUUUGUAUGUACAUAAUAAUGACUUAUUUAUUUGGCAAACAAAACAAACAAUUUUCACAAAUAUUUUUGAAAACAAUAAAAAAUUUGCUUCUA